AAUGCAUCUCAAACUAAUCCUGCCAACACAGAAGACAUAACCACUGUAACAAAUGUCUUAAUUGUGGCAGAGGUUUCAGUGAGAAUUCCAAUCUGGCUACACACCAAAGGACUCACACAGGAGAGUAAACCAUUUGAAUGUCCUGAUUGUGGCAAAUGUUUCAGUCAGAAUUCAAGCCUGGUGAUUCAUCAGAGGACUCACUCAGGAGAGAAACCCUUUGAAUGUUCUGAUUGUGGAAAACGUUUCAGUUGGAAUUCCAAUUUGGUUAAACACCAGAGGACUCACACAGGAGAGAAACCCUUUGAAUGUCCUGUUUGUGGGAAAUGUUUCAGUCAGAAUUCAAGCCUGGUGAUUCAUCAGAGGACUCAUACAGGAGAGAAACCUUUUGAAUGUCCUGAUUGUGGGAAAAGUUUCAGUCAGAAUUCCAACCUGGUGAAACAUGAAAGGAGUCACACAGGAGAGAAACCCUUUGAAUGUCUUGAUUGUGGGAAAAGUUUCAGUCAAAGGUCCAGCUUGGUGGUACACCAGAGGACUCACACAGGAGAGAAACCCUUUGAAUGUUCUGAUUGUGGCAAAUGUUUUAGUUGGAAUUCCCAUUUGGUUAAACACCAGAGGACUCACACAGGAGAGAAACCCUUUGAAUGUCUUGAUUGUGGGAAAAGUUUCAGUCAAAGGUCCAGCUUGAUGGUACACCAGAGGACUCACACAGGAGAGAAACCCUUUGAAUGUUCUGAUUGUGGCAAAUGUUUUAGUUUGAAUUCUCAUUUGGUUAAACACCAGAGGACUCACACAGGAUAGAAACUUCUUGAAACAUGGUGUCAGAAGUGGGAUUGAAAAGCCCUGAUAAGCCAUCAUUACAAGUAUAUAUCUACAUAUGACAGAAACCGAAAAUACCUCACAGGAGCAGCUGAAGGCAACUGCUGGAGAUGCAUGAAAUGCAUCUCAAACUAAUCCUGCCAACACAGAAGACAUAACCACUGUAACAAAUGUCUUAAUUGUGGCAGAGGUUUCAGUGAGAAUUCCAAUCUGGCUACACACCAAAGGACUCACACAGGAGAGUAAACCAUUUGAAUGUCCUGAUUGUGGGAGAAAUUUCAGUGAGAAUUCCAAACUGGUGAAACACCAGAGGACUCGCACAAGAGAAACGAUAUGAAUGUCUCGAUUGUGGAAAAGGUUUCAGUCAUAAUUCUGAUCUAUUGAUACACCAGAGGAUUUAUACAGGAGUGAAGCCAUAUGAUGUGAAGCCCACAAUGUGGGAAAAGUUUCAGUCAGAAUUUCAACCUGUGAACCACCAAGGACCUUGUUCUUGGCAAAGAGAGCCAAGAACAAAGGUUUAAGAAAGCUUCAUACAUUUUCAGUAAAGAAGAAGGCGGGACAAGAUUUAUAAUACAAAAUAUCAUCUAAUAAACAUUUUAGUAAUAAUUCUACAAUUUGUUCUAUUGGUCUCUAGCUGUCCCUAUUCCUAAGCUUUGGCUAAUGAAUGCCCCAGGAGUUAUCUAAUACACAUUUUAUUUGCUGCAGGCCAUCUCUAUUCCUAACUUUUAGCUGAGGUCUGCAUGUUGUCUAACUCUUGUUACUUUUAUCAGCUUUCUAACUACCCAGAAUUGUUACAAGAUUUACACAUGCAUAUUUCCUGUAGAUAAGCAUUCUUUGUUCUUGCCAGACAGACUCCACAAUUACAGGCUUCUUGAUUUACUUUCAA